CAGCAGCUGCCUGCGUCUCACUCACCACCUCGCUGCCGCUGCUGCACACUCCCGCUGCUGCUGCCGCGCCGCGCCCUGCCCGGCAUGUCGCAGAGCAUCAUCUCGCUGCACCCGCUCAGCGCCUACACGUUCACCGUCAAGGAGCAGCAGCCCGAGGAGGAUGCCAGCGUCGCCGCGCGCCUGCAGCGCCUGCAGAACAACUACGAGGACUUCGGCAUGCGCCGCACCACCGAGGCCGUGCUCGUCGUGCACGAGCACGGCCACCCGCACGUGCUCAUGAUCCAGAUUGCCAAUGCCUUCUUCAAGCUGCCCGGCGACUACCUGCGGCCCGGCGAGGCAGAGACAUCCGGCUUGGCUGCACGCCUCGAGACGAUCCUCGCGCCGAGCCCCGCAGAGCCCAACUCAUACGGGCCACGCGGGCCAGCCGGCGAGGCAGGCGACUGGGAGAUCGGAGACUGUCUGGCAGAAUGGUGGCGCCCGAGCUUCGAGACGUUCAUGUACCCGUACGUGCCGCCACACAUCACCAAGCCCAAGGAGUGCAAGAAGCUCUUCCUCGUGCAGGUGCCGCCAACAAAAACGCUCGCCGUGCCCAAGAACAUGAAGCUCCUCGCCGUGCCGCUGUUUGAGCUGUACGACAACUCACAGCGCUACGGGCCGCAGCUCGCCGCCAUUCCGCAUCUCCUCAGCCGCUACAACUUCGUCUAUCUCUAGAGUCACGCACGCACCGCAAACACAAAUGUAUCAGUAUGCU